AUGGUUCAAAAUGGUUUCACCAGCAAACAAACCCCGAAGCUGUUCGGGAAAAUCGCGCCGAUCGUCAACGAUGUCUUAUACUUUGCCUCGUUUGAACAGCCACCAGCAUCAAAUCCGGAGUUCCGUUACAUCCUGAUUGAUGAACGAGUUCAUUAUGAACCGUUCUAUUCUGACUUCGGCCCGCUCAAUCUCAGCGUUCUCUAUCGCUUUUGCAAGUUCAUACAUUCACUUCUUGAGACAAAGCCAAAGAGAAAAAUCCUUUGCUGGACAAAUGCAAGCGAAGAAAAUCGCGACGAGAACCGGGUGAACGGUGCUUAUCUACUUGCUGCAUAUCUGGUUAUUUAUUGCAAGGUCAGCGCAGACCAGGCUUACCUCCGGAUUCGAAUGGCCGAAGAUGAAGAAUCCGAAUUUAUUGGCUUCAGAGAUGCAGCCAUGGGAGAACCAACUUACCUGCUACACAUCCACGAUGUUCUUCGAGGGAUUGAAAAAGCGAUUGAGCACGGCUGGUUGAACUUCGAUGAUUUUGACCCGGACGAAUAUGAGUACUAUGAAAGAGUGGAGAACGGGGACUUAAAUUGGAUUAUACCAACCGGGAAAAAGCAAAUCUUAUCAUUUUGUGGGCCACAUGCGAAAAGUGUUAUUGAGAAUGGUUAUCCAUACCAUGCGCCCGAGGUUUACUUCAACUAUUUUCGCACUCAUGACGUUACUACGAUUGUCCGGUUAAAUAUGAAGAUGUACGAAGCGUCCAAAUUCACCGAAGCUGGCUUCCAACACGUGGAUUUGUUUUUUAUUGAUGGAUCGACUCCUUCGGAUGAAAUUAUUGAAAAGUUUAUCAAGGUGGUCGAUGAUAGCCCAGGCGCUGUGGCGAUUCACUGUAAAGCUGGCCUCGGUCGGACGGGGACAUUGAUCGCAUGCUGGAUGAUGAAGGAAUUUGGACUGAAUGCAGCAGAGUGCAUGGCUUGGUUACGAAUUUGCCGCCCUGGGAGUGUUAUUGGCCCUCAGCAGCAAUUUUUGGUUCGCAAGCAAAAGUUUUGCUGGAAGAUGUCCAAUAACAAUCUGAUCAUGCAAAUUGGACUGACGGGCAAAAAGCAAGGCGAUGCCACUGAAGGAAAACUCAAUAAUUUGACAACAAAGGUUGACGAGAUUAGACUUGAAAAUCAACAGAAUGGCAAUAUCGUUAUCACCAGUCCACGGCGUAGUCGAAACUCUUCAAAAUGUAUCGUCGGAGAAAUCGUGGAUGAGACUGCAACGGACGAACAUGGAAGAACACAAGGCGAUCGUCUGUUAGAAAUGAAAGUUCGAUCGCAGCAUGCUGCUCACAAGAAUGAAGCUACAGAAAAGGCGGCCAGUUCCCGGGAGAAGCCCCGUGUUGCCAAUAGCUCGACUGGAUAUUCUUCGAUGUCAAACACAAAGCUGCCCUCGACUUAUUCCCUUCAUUCACCACAUAUACGCAGGAGUGGAAAGAGUUCAUCAGCUUUGUUGAGCGGGCAAGCGGCUUUAAAUCAAGCUUUAUUGAAAGUUCAGAUGAAUUCACCACGAUUUUCAUCUCCGACUACUCCCAUAAAGUCAAUGUUUAACAACUCUCCGAUUGUGCCACCACGAUCAACAUAUGUCGCGAGGAACUUACUUACAUCGAACAAAUCUCAAACGAAUAUUCAAAGGACUCCGACAGUUCCGGCCGCAUUUCGUGAU